ACAUGAUUACGAUUUUUACUUUCUGGGCGGUUGUUUGGGUGUGGUGACCAGCUAAGCUUUCGAUGAACUACACCAAUCGUUUUUUGAACUAACAUGAUCCAUAGAAUUUUUCCUUCGAAAGUUUCAUAUUACUAUCAGUGUUGCUUGAAAGUGACACUAUCUUAAUUUUUUUGGAAUACGUUCUUGUUAAAAAAUAUUGAAAGUAAAAUUUAAUCCAUAUCAGGUUUUCUAUACACCAACAUGAAAUUGAAACAUGGCCGCUUUCACUAAAGAUGUGAGUAACGCAGUUUGGCAUGCAUUUGAUGCUUUAGAUGAUCACAGAAAUGGAAGAGUUAUGAAAUCACGACUCAAGGUUCUCACGGCAAGUUUAGGGACCUUGUUGGGAUGUCAGAAUGUAGAAAAAGGCCUUCAAGAACAUCGAAGUACCCAGGAUCUGUGUUUUGAUGAUUUUUUGUUUUAUCUUCAAAAGGAACUUUUUUCCUUUCUCCUUGGAUCAGUAGAUUAUAAAACUCUUCAACGCUAUCAUGAUCAAAUAGAAGAAGUGUGUUGGCUUGUGUGUAAAAAAAAGUUUUUGCGACGAGAUUAUGUUGCUUUCCCAGACAAUUGUGUCUUUCAAUUUUUUCGAGUGUUUUGUUUGCUUGGGGAACUACAUCAAGAACCCAAAAAGCCUGUAGAAGUUUUAUUGGCAGCAGAAGAGGUGGAACAUGUGGCAAUGAUGUUUAAUCAUGCAUUGGGUCAGAAUUGGGAUUCUGCUGACUUUCAAGGAAUAGCAGAAGUGAUUCCACUUUUCAGGUUUCAAGUGUUUAUUGCAUUGCUUGAAUCACGUUACACACAAAGUGUUGAAGUGAAGGGUUUAAUUGAAGCUACCAAGGAAGUGUUUGACAUUUUUGUCAAUGAUGUUCUGAGAAAGGGGUCACUUCGAAAAAGAAUAGCUCGCUUAGGAAUUUGGCGAGAACUGUGGUUUGUGCUCCAGCCUCAUACUCUCACGUACUACAGUAAUAAGGAAGAAGGAGAUAAAAGAGGUGAAAUGCAGCUCACAACGAAGUCAAGAGUUGAGACUCUACCUUCAUCACCAAGUGGUAAAGGAUUCAGGUUUUCAGUCAUGAGUGGUGACAAAAUUCUUGAUCUUUCAGCACCAGAUCACAAAAACAAGUUACAGUGGAUCAUAGCUCUUCAAACUGCUUUUCAGUUUUCUCAGGCUUCUGAGUCUUACCAGCGCCACCUAGCUAACAAAAGAAAAAGUGACAGAUUAUUGGCUAAAGCCAGAAAGGAAGAAGAGGAAGCUAAUCGACUUCAACAGCAACAGCAGCUGGAAUACUUAACAAAAGCUAGAAUAGAAGCAGAAGAAGCAAUACAGGCUGAAAGUCAGAGGAGACAUAUGCUUGAAGAAGAGCAGAGAAAACUAGAAAAACAGCUAGAAGAGGAACGCCAAGCUAAAAGAGAUGAGGAAAUUGUUCGGAACCUUCUGUCUAAGAGUCUAAUGGAAGAAUGGGAACAUAGAGAAAGACUGGAAAGACUUAAGGCAGAGAAAGAGAAGCGUCUUGCUGAGGAGCAGAAACGACGAUUAGAGUUAGAAACUGCAAAAAAAAAAGAGGAUGAAAAUGAACAGUUUGUUAAAAGAUUAAGUAACUUGGAAACAGAAAAACUUGAGCUUCAUUCUACAUUACAGGUAAUAAGAAAAUGUUGUCCUUAACAUAUUAGCUUAGCUAUAGUGGUACAAAAAAGUGAGUUAAAUUGUAGGGGCUUUAGAAAACAUGCUUAGAAUCAGCUAGCACUCUACUCUGUUUCUUGCAAUUAUAAUAAGAGAAUUUAGCUUUAUCAGAAAGAAUUGUUCCUAUGGCCAUUAUUUUUUUCCUUUUCAUAAGUUUGUGAAAAAAUAUUACAGUACAAUAAUUCUACAUACAAUGAUCAAAGUCUGUGUUCUGUUCUUUCUACACAAUUGACAAUGUAGUGGCAGUGCACUUAUCUUCUGUCACAUCUUCAGUUGUGAAAAUGUAAAGAAAGAAAAGGACAUUAACUUUGAUUGUUGAAUAUGAGGUGCAGAACCUUGGGUUAACUUCUCAAAGUUUGUAUACAGAUAUAAUAAUGAAUCGGUAAGUUAUAUAAAAUUUCUGACAGAUUUUGUCCACCAUAAAUUCAUCCAACAAGACAUUCACAAUAAAAAAUUUGCUUAGUUAAUUUUACCAGCGUACUCAUAUGAACCUGUAAAGAACCAUAUACUAAAUAAAUUCAGUUGUCAACUGUGAUGUUGUAUAAUGCUGAUUUUAAGGAAUUCUGUGUUGUGAUUACUGAGGCUUUUUACCAUCAAAAAUAAAAUUGUUUAUAAACAAAUCAAAUAUAUUAUCUGUUCAUGAAAUCUUACAUGAGGUACAAGAACUUCAGUAAGUUUGUUCUGAUUGCUUGUCUUAUAAGAAAGUGGAAUUUAAUGCUGGCUAAAUAACAAAACAAUCACUUUUGUGUUACAAACCACCAGUCAUAUAGAAUUGAUAAUGAUAAGCAUGAUGUUUGAUGUGAUUUUUUAAUCAUUUGCAUUUUCUUAUUUUUUCAUGAAGCAGAGUAGACAUUGAUUGUUAAAGAUUUUUGUUUCUUUUACACUAUGCAUGUUUUUGAUUUUACCAAAGUUUUAAUGUGAUUUCAUUUAAAUCCGUCAGACUUUAUUCUUUGAAAUAGCAUUCCAUGUUUUUGAUAUUUAAUACUUGAUUUUUCUGAGAAAGCAGACAAA